UUGAGCAAUCGAGAAACUCAUGUGACCAAGUCACGUGGUUACAGUCUUUACAUAAAUCAAACGGGACUUCCUUGAUGACCACUCUUCUUCACUUCAGUCGAGGUAUCUGUCAAUAACUGAAAAACAAGCUACAGAAUGUGGCAGGCAGCUCUCCUGGUGAUGGCUAUCAUCUUGUCUGUGGGCAGGGCCAGACCACAGCUCAAGCCUCUGUCCAGUGAAAUGGUCGACUACAUCAACCAGGUCAACACUACCUGGAAGGCCGGCCAAAAUUUCCGUCAUGUAGACCACAGCUAUGUCAAGAAGCUGUGUGGUACAUUUCUCAAUGGACCCAGACUCCCCACCAUGGUCCGUUAUUCUGGAGACGUGAAGCUGCCGGAGAACUUUGACUCCAGGGUUCAGUGGCCUCAGUGCCCCACUCUGAAGGAGAUCAGGGACCAGGGCUCCUGUGGCUCAUGCUGGGCAUUUGGAGCUGCAGAGGCCAUCUCAGACAGGGUGUGUAUCCAUAGCAACGCCAAGGUCAGUGUGGAGAUCUCAUCCGAAGACCUGCUGAGCUGCUGCCACCUCUGUGGCAUGGGGUGUAACGGAGGAUAUCCAUCUGCUGCCUGGAGUUUCUGGGCCCAUGAAGGACUGGUGUCUGGCGGACUCUAUGAGUCCCACAUGGGCUGCAGGCCCUACACCAUCGCUCCCUGUGAGCACCAUGUGAACGGCAGCAGACCGCCCUGCACCGGAGAGGAGGGCAAGACGCCAAAGUGUGCCAAGAAGUGUGAGCCUGGAUACACGCCAAGCUACAAACAGGACAAGCACUUUGGUAAGAAAGACGCACGUUUGGACUACACAACCGUAGGUCGAGUGCAACCCUGCCUUUUUAGUCUUUUAACCAACAUUUGUUUGUCUGUGGUAGGGAAGAGCUCUUACAGUGUCUCAUCAGACGUGGCAGAGAUUCAGGCGGAGAUCUAUCAAAAUGGACCAGUGGAGGGCGCUUUUACCGUAUACGCAGACUUCCCACUUUACAAGACUGGUGUAUAUAAACAUGUUUCCGGGGAGGCAUUGGGCGGCCAUGCCAUUAAGAUCCUGGGCUGGGGGGUAGAGGAUAGCAUCCCAUACUGGCUGUGUGCCAACUCAUGGAACACAGAUUGGGGAGAUAAUGGGUUCUUUAAGAUCCUGCGUGGAGAGGACCACUGUGGCAUCGAGGCUGGAAUUGUGGCUGGAAUCCCUGCGUAAAAUGGUUCGACGCUAUAGCUGCCGUUAUGUAGCUGUAUUCCACUAUCACCGGACAUUUUAAGGAAAAGUGAUCAAAUGAAACUUGCUUGCACUGAACUGUUUCACAUGCUUUAAUUUGCAGUGGACAAGUAGGCCAACCAUUUUUUUAGUUUUUAUAGUAUAUCCCAAAAUUGCCAUGUGGGGAUAUUUUUUAAUCUAUUCACAAACUUCUGUUUCCUUUAAUUUUUAAGAUUGAGAUAAGCCUCCAUAGACUGGUGUGUUUUAUUUUAACUUGCCGAUAAAGAGAUGUUUCUUAUUUUUGUCAAUAUUAAGGGUGCUCUUUUUAGAGUUGUUUAUCUCUAUGCUGAUCAAAUUGAUGUGAUCUUUUUUUUUGUUUUGAGAACAAUAAACAGAAUAAAUUUACCUCAGCCAUU